AAACUGUGAAGAAGCCGACGCCGACGCCGCGGCCGUCCGAAGCGGUCAACCACGCCAUGCCCAGGCACCAGAAUAGCUUUGCCUGCGGCGUGGACGCGCCCGAGUUGACCGUGGAGAAGCGCGUGCGUCGCGCGGGACGACCCAAUGCGAACGGUGGAAACAAGGUGCAAAAGCAUCCUGGGAAGGUCUCCAUCAAUCCCAGCGUCCGCAUGCACGAUCCGGGGGCAUUCAGUGAAGACGAGCGCUGGUCCGACGCCGGCUGCGCCUCGGAGGAGACCACCGCCAGCGAGACGCCCGGAGGUAAGCGCGACGACACUUCGGCGCCGGGCAACGCGCAGGCUGAAAUGGACCAUUGGGACGUGGUAUCCCAAGGCAAGGCCAAGGAAGAUGAAUGGCCUUCGUUGAAGAAAAGCUGUGACCCCGAGCUGCGAGACUACGAGCUCUUCGAGACCAUGUCGCAGGUCAGCGAUAUGACGCUAGGAUCCUGGGUGGACGUGGAGGACUGUGACUCCCCCGGCCGCGCGUUGACCGCGUUGACUUUGGCCGAGCAACGCGCCGCAGCAUCCACCUGGGCGUCGCGGAUUGGUCCCAGCAACGGGCUGCCGAAGCCCAAGACGGCGCUACCCUGGGCGGGCAAGCUGCGGCCCACACCGGAGGAGAAGCCGUGCC